AUGUCGACCCAGCCGACCAACCACUUCACCCAGGCGCCUCACAAGCUCCUCUCGGUCCCAGGCCCUGUCGAGGUCUCCGAUGAGGUCCUCUACGCCAAUGCCCACCCUUCGAUGUCGCACGUCUCGCCUGCCUUCGCGCCCGUUUUCGGCGACUGCCUCAGGAUGCUUCGCAAGCUCCUCUACACCGAGAAGGGCCAGCCAUUCAUCAUCGCGGGCAGCGGGACUCUUGGCUGGGAUUUGGUCGCGGCCAACUUGAUUGAGCGCGACCAAAAGGCCCUCGUUCUGAACACAGGCUACUUCGGCGACGCCUUCGCCGACUGCCUCGAGACGUACGGCGCCAAGGUCGACCAGGUUGGCGCGCCGGUUGGCGGCCGCCCGACAAUGCAGCAAGUCGAGGAGGCGCUGAAGAAGGAGAAGUACGCCGUCCUGACUUUCACGCACGUCGACACCUCAACUGGUGUCCUGUCUGAUGCCAAGGCGAUCGCCGAGACCGUCCGUCGCGUCUCGCCCGACACCCUCAUAGUGCUCGACGGUGUCUGCGCCGUCGCCUCGGAGGAAAUCCGCAUGGACGAGUGGAAGAUCGACGUCGUUGUCGGCGCCUCGCAGAAGGGUAUCUCCGUCCCUCCCGGUCUCUCGAUCACCGCUCUCUCGCAGAAGGCCCUCUCGGUCCUCGAGAACCGCAAAACGCCUGUCUCGUCCUACUUCGCCAACUACAAGCGCUGGCUUCCUGUCAUGGAGAGCUACGAGAAGGGAACCCCCGCCUACUUCGCCACUCCGAGUGUCAACCUCAUCUACGCGCUUGAGGCGUCGCUCAAGACCAUCGUCUCCGGCCCCGUCUCGCUCGAGGACCGCUUCCGGAUGCACAAGGAGGCUGCGCAGAAGUUCCGCGAUGCCACCCUCAAGCUCGGCUUCAAGCUCGUCGCGACCGAGGAAGGCGGCGCCGCAAACGGCAUGACGGCCCUCUACGUCCCCGAGGACGUUCAGCCGCCCGCGCUCAUUGGCGCGCUCGCUGAGCGCGGUAUCGUUAUCGCGGGUGGACUACACAAGGACAUCAAGACCAAGUACAUCCGCUUCGGCCACAUGGGUGUCUCCGUCGUCGAGCGCCCGACGGAUGCGACCAAGAUCCUCAAUGCCCUCCAGGAGUCGCUCGCCGCUGUCGCGCCCGCCACCUCGGCCGCCGCAGCAGCAGCAAAGAAGACCGUCUGA